GUUCUUUUCGGUGGAGUGCGGCGGUGACAUUUUUUUUUACCAGAGGUUAAAUUGCUGAAAACACGCUUGCCACCGAAAUAUAUAAUUUUGAAAAGACUGAAUAUGGAAGAGGUUAUCUUUCAGUUUUAGAGUUAUAAAAAAGACAGGUGACAUACAAUGGAAAGGGCAGACCUUGUGUACAAGCUUGUUGAUGAACUAGAACCUGUGUUAGAGAAGUAUGCCUCCACAGGGAUUGAGGUAGCUGUACUGAUUAGUAAAGUCAACGACAAUGUUGUUGGUUACCAAGGAACAAAGUUAGGCAAAGAUUUCCUGGAACAGAAUACCUUCUUUACAGAGACGUUUAGGAAGUUUUGUAAAGAUUACUGGUAUGGAGCUGACAAUGUAGUAACAUAUUCAACACCAAUAAAAAAGAUGAAGAUUCAGAACUCAGAUGACAAUAAUGAAGAUGUAAAUGAAAUUCAUGAUGUAGACUUUAUAUCCGGAGAUAAUAGCUCAGUUUUGAGUGGUCUGGAAGGCUUUGCUUUACUUGAUGGACAGAAAAUAUCAAUUUCCACACUUAUAACAGAUGUAAAUGAAGAAAAUAAAAAUAAAAUCAUAUUAAAAACCACAAAGUUGGCACAGAACAACUCAAAACAAACAAAGGGAAAAACUGAGGAGAAGAAAAAGAUUACAAGAAAGGCUAGGUACAGAUGUCAUAUUUGUGAUGAAGCUUACUUCAGGAGACCACACAGACUUAACAUACACAUGCAUGAAUUUCACAGCAAGGAAUUAUCUGAGAAUGAAAUGGAGGCAUAUCCCUUACCUGAAGGAUAUCAGAAAAGGAUAGAAGUUCCAAUCAAAAAAGAUUACGAAAAAUCACAUAAAGGUGUCCCUAAAAAGAAAAUAACAGUCACACCCUUUGAUGAAAAAAAACAUUUGACAUACAGAUUCCAGUGUGAUGAAUGUAAUCUCAGAUUUAAGAAAGUGGAGAAAUUUAACAUGCAUAGAAUCCAGGUUCAUAAUCAAGAGGAAGUUACUGAAGACUAUGGGAUAUGUAAAGAUGGCUACCAAUGUAAAUAUUGCCCAAAGGUUUUUGCAUCUCGUUGGAACCUUCAGCGACACAUUGAUAUUCACCUAGGGAGGAAGAGAUUUAAAUGUGACGAUUGUGACAAGUUUUUCUUUAGACGAGAAGAACUGGCAAGACAUAAAGUAACACAUACCAAUACACGCGAUCCAAUGAGAGGAUCUUAUGGAAAAAUCCAGUGUUACAGCUGUGGAGAACCUAUGAGGUUAAAGGCUGGAGAAAAUUGUUCUAUUCCCUCAUCACAUGAUAAUUUGAGAGAAAAAAUUGCUAUUGAGAGUAUAUUAACAUGUAAAUAUUGUGAUGUGACAUUCAAAGACCAUGACAUCUACAAGCUUCAUUUGGCAGAGCAUGAAGGAAAAGGAAAAGAAGUCUUGUCAGAACACGAUUACAUGUAUUUGACAGAUCCAGCAGCAGAAGAUGAGGCAGAAAAAGAAGACUUUUCACCUGAAAGUAUGGAGGUGGAUGAUGAUGCAUCCAAAGGGGUUGAUAAAGAAGACCAAGAUAUAGAGCCCAUAAGUGCAACUAAAGAUGACAAGUCAGAAAUUGAAAAUUUGAAAGACAAACAGAAAGAAUUAAAUGAAGGACUAGUUCCUGAAGAGGAAGAGAUGAUGCCUACCGUUAUAAAAAUUGAUGAAGAUCUGAAUAAGCCAAGGAAAAGGUUUUCAAAGUUAAACUAUGAGGGAGCCUUCAAAUGUAAAAUCUGCUUCAAAUCAUUUGUAACUAGAUUUGUAUUGGAUCGACAUAUGAUGAUACAUACAGGGACAAAGAAGUUUGAGUGUAAAAUAUGUGAUUCAACUUAUUCAAGGAAAGACUUGAUGGAAAGACAUAUGAAGAGAAAACAUUACGCAGAGAAGGUUUUAAAAUGUAACAUAUGUAACAUAAUAUGCAAAGAUGAAGUAGGUCUAAACUACCACAUAUCAGUAAAACAUGAAGAUGGAGAUGUUAAAUUAGAAUGUACAAUUUGCUCUGCCACUUUCAGUAGAAUCAAAUCGCUGAGGAAGCAUAACAAAAAAUGUCAAGAAAAAGUAGAUGAAGAUUUCAUACCCAUUAUUAUAAAGCAAGAGGUAACGUUGCCAGUUGAGGAACGUAGUAGUAGUAGAAAAAGAAAACCACAAACAUGGUUUGGCUUUGAGGAUGACAAUGAACAAAAGCCUACCACUAAUGAAGCUAAAGUACAGAAGUCAUCAACUUCAUCUCCUGCUGUUAAAGAAAAAGCAAAAACUCCAAAGUCAACUAAUUCCUUUGCUGAUAAAAAAGAGAAGACACUUCAGAAUCCACAUGCCAUAGAGGGAUUUGAAUUUUCCAUUAGUGACAAAGCACAUGAAAAUUAUACAUGCAAUAUAUGUGUAAAAAGUUUUCGAUACCAGAGUGAAUUUGUAAGUCAUCAACUUAUCCAUUCAAACAAAAAGGUUUAUCCAUGUGCAAUGUGCUCGUUAGUAUUUUUAACACCCAUGAAUUUCAAGAAACAUUUAGAAAAACAUAACAACAAUGGCCAUUUUGCCUGUGACAUCUGUACAUUUUUAACAGAUAGUAUGGAACAUUUAUCUAGACACAAGGGUAUACACAAGGAGAAGACACCAAGCAAACAGGAAAGUACGGGAAUCACAAAAGACCCUAUAAUCUGUGAAGAAUGUGGAAAAGAAUGCUCCAAUAUUCAUAGGCUAAAGCAGCAUCAACUUAUUCAUUCUGGUGAGAAACCACAUACAUGUUCUACUUGCAAUGUUGGUUUCCGUACUCUUGAUACUUUGAAAAAUCAUGAAAAAACCCACUUAGAAGGAAAGCCUUACCUAUGUGAUGAAUGUGGCAGAUCAUUUCAUCAAAUGUCAACACUUUUAACUCAUCGUCUUAUUCAUGAAAAAGCGAAAUUUGACUGUCAACUUUGUAAGGCAAAAUUUAAAAGACAUUCUGGAUUGAAACACCACAUGAUUUCAAUACAUUCUGACCACCCAGACACUGACACAGAAAAAGCAUUGAAGUGCCAGAUUUGUAAUAGACUGUUUCCAACUAAGAAAGGUUUAGAUGGCCAUCAGAGAAUCCAUUCUGGGGAAAAACCUUACAAAUGCAGUGUUUGUAACAAGAAAUUUUCAGAUUCUAGCAAUCGUAAUAAUCAUGAAAAAACUCAUAUCAAUUCAUCAAAAAAGCAUCAAUGUUUCAAAUGUGAAAAAUCUUAUACACACCGGAGAGAUUUAAUUGUACACAUUGAAAAACUUCAUAAAGAUUAUGUAAGAAAUGAAAAUGAAGAAGGAAUUGACAUUGAAACAGUUGAAAGGGAAAAUGACGAUGUCAAAGAGGAUGAAGAAAGUCAGAAAAGUUCAUCAGAAGUGGAUUUAGUAAACAAUGAGAAGGGAGAUAACUCUGAAGUGGAUUUAGUAAACAGUGAGAAGGGAGACAACUCACAAGUGGAUAUAGUAAUCAGUGAGAAGGGUGAUAACUCAGUAUGUGGCCAGGAAUCAGUAUUAGCAACAUUAAAUCUGGAGAGAUGUGACAGUAAAGUUAAAAGCUCAACUAGUCCUACUUCAGAUCAAACAACAGAAAAAUCAAAAUUAGAUGGAGAUUCAGUGGAGCAAGAAGGUGCUGACAUGAGCAGUAGUAUAGAAAUUAACAAGAAACAAACUGAUCAAGAAAAUGAUAACACAAAUACUGGUUCUCUAUGUGUAGAACCAGUUAAAGACGACGAAGCAAGUUCUUUGGGUCAUGUUGAUCAAGGAAGCACUUUAACCAACACAAGUUUGUUGAUCCCUAGCCAACAGUCUGAUAAUGCUGAAACACAACAACAGUCAAUUGAAGCCUCUACAAGCAUGACAAGCUCAGCUGUCAAGUCUUUAUCUGCCAGCCCACAAUUUACAGGUCUGAUUGAACCACAACUUCAGUCUGAAUUUUCUGAUUUGUCUGUAGAAGCUCAGAGUGUGGUUCAGAAUGUUCUUCUUCAUAGUAGUGACAGCGAUAAUGGUCCAUCAACAAUAUAUGUGGUACAAUCUGAAACAGUGUCAGAGGGAGCUCAACCUGAAGUUCUGUAUUUGAUAACUGAAAAAAAGCAGUAGCUGAGGGAAUAAAGAUAUAAUGUUUGAAUUGAAAAUGACAGAAUUGCUUCAUGCAAGGUGUACAUGUAGCUAAAGUUGUGCAUUAUUGUCCAGGUUUAUAUAGUGAUUAUUGACUUUUUUUAAGGGCAUUGUCAAAAUAUUAAAGAAAUUUCUUCAUGAUUUGCAUCAUGAGGAAUUGUGCAUUUUGUUUUUUGCUUUCUUAGAGUUUAAAGUAAGGUGGCUUUGUGAAUGCAAAGUGUAAAACUUUGAAUGGAAUUGAUCAAAUUUAUUGAAUUGCAUUGUAUCAUAUGUAAAGAUUAUUUUCUCAUUGGUUAUUUUUUCUGUUAGAGAUAAUUAAGACAUUUUGCUGUAUGCAGCUGUAUGUAAGUUAAGUUUAUUUGACUUUUUACAGUAAUGCAAUGUUUAUGUUUGUAUAUAUAGUCAGCUUUAGUAUAAUCCAAUCAUGAUCAGUAAUGAAUUAAUUUCUGAGACACAAUUUAAGUUUCCUAGGACAGUUAAUAUUAAGAAGUAUGAACAUAAAUGUUCCUCUCAAUAAUAAUAAUAAUAAAAGAAUCAUAAUUCUUUAUUUAAAGAGGGUUACACAAUUAGCUAUAAAACUAAUCUUCCCUGUGACCCUCAUAAAAUACAUUGAAAUAUAACAAACAGAAAAUUACAAAAUAAUCAAACAAAAACACACAUAACAUGCAUAAGAAAAAUCAUAUAAGAAA